AUGGUUAAAUUGGCUUUCGCUGACCUGGACCCUACGAAUUUGUCCUUGGGCCUUCCCAAGCGGAAACGGUGGCCCAUUCCAAAUAAUAUGCCAGUUUCCCGUUCUCACCCAGCGGGCCCCACGCCCCAGCGACACACGCUCUGCUGCCUCCCUUCCGUUCUUCGGGACGGAGACGAAGAGAGUAGGAGGAACAGCAGCAGACAGACACAGACAGCACGCUCCACUUCGCAUAUAACCGCCGCCAGCUUGCCUUCCAUAUAUAUAACCGCCGCCGCGGCCCGGCCCCGCCCCGCCCCUUGCGCUCCCAUCCCAAAACCCCCCGCCACCAAUCGCAGCCGCACCCCAAGCUCUCGCAAGUCGUCGCAACCCGCCGCGUCCGCGUCCGCGUCGCGCUCGUCCGAGAUGAAGUUCGCCGCCGCGUACCUGCUGGCGUGCCUGGGCGCGGAACAAGCCGCCGCCGCCGCCAACACUGAGGAGGGGGCCGCGCCCGCGCCCGCGCUCCCGCCGACCAAGGACGACGUGCGACGCAUCCUGGGCUCCGUCGGCGCCGAGGUGGAGGAGGACCGCCUCGACCUGCUCUUCGCGCUCAUGGACGGCAAGGACGUCGCCGACCUCAUCGCCGCGGGUAGGGAGCAGCUCGCCUACGCGCCGUCAGGAGCAGCCACUGCCGUGGCCGUGGGCGCCGCUCCCGCCGCCGCAGCUGCCGAGGCCGAGGAGGAGGCGGCCAAGAAGGAGGCGGCCAAGAAGAAGGAGGAGGAAGAGGAGGAGGAGGAUGACGACGCCCUCUUCAACCUCUUCGACUGAUCGCGUGUCCGUAUGUGGAUCCAUCCAUGUUCAUCCUCGCCCUUCCUUCCUGCUUGGUACUCUGAGCCCUUCCUUCCUGCUUGGUACUCCGAUGGUAGCAUACCGUAGACUGGUAGUAGCAGUAGAUCUAUGCUGGGGUUUGCCGUCUAGAUCGAGAUGGAUCCACCUGUGUUUUUGAUGCCCAGAGUUUUGGGGGCCGGAUUAUGGAUCUUGCUGAUCGGAGAUUGAUGAUCUGAGUCUGUUCUAAUCAAUUUCAGUACGUGAUACAUGCAUGCUUCAAGUGAUGCUACCCCGUGAA